AUGUCGGGACUGUGUGGAGGGAAGAUGUUUAUCUCGACAUUAUUUCUUGUCGCUGCCACAAUAUUGCAUAGUGCCGAGUUUUCCUGCCAACUUGCUUAUGCCCUCACAGGAAUGCUUGCCUCAGAGUUCUUUGAGCAAUGGCACCAUUUAACAAUCGCCAACUCAAUCUACCACACUGGAACCAUCAACAACUCUAGCAACUACAGCGGAACCAUCGACCAGUCUAGUUACUACAGCAUCAUCAUCAGUAACUCCAUCUACCACAAUGGAACCAUCGACCAGUCUAGUUACCACAGCGUCAUCAUCAGUAACUCCAUCUACCACACUGGAACCAUCGACCAUUCUAGAUACUACAGCGUCAUCAUCAGUAACUCCAUCUACUACACUGGAACCAUCGACCAGUCUAGUUACUAUAACAGAAACAUCAACAACUCCUUCUACUACACUGGAACCAUCGACCGGUCUAGUUACUACAGCAUCAUCAUCAAUAACUCCUUCUACUACAGCAGAACCAUCGACCAGUCUAGUUACUAUAACAGACACAUCAACAACUUCUUCUACUACAAUGGAACCAUUGACCGGUCUAGAUACUACAGCAUCAUCAUCAAUAACUCCUUCUACUACACUGGAACCAUCGACCAGUCUGGUUACUAUAACAGACACAUCAACAACUUCUACUACUACACUGGAACCAUCGACCAGUCUAGUUACUACAGUGUCACCAUCAAUAAAUCCUACUACAGCGGAACCAUCGACCAGUCUAGUUACUAUAACAGAAACAUCAACAACUCCUUCUACUACACUGGAACCAUCGACCAGUCUAGUUACUACAGCGUCACCAUCAAUAACUCCUUCUACUACAGCGGAACCAUCGACCAGUCUAGUUACUACAGCGUCAUCAUCAAUAACUCCUUCUACUACACUGGAACCAUCGACCAGUCUAGUUACUAUAACAGAAACAUCAACAACUCCUUCUACUACACUGGAACCAUCGACCAGUCUAGUUAUUAUAACAGACACAUUUACAACUCCUUCUACUACAUUGGAACCAUCGACCAGUCUAGUUAUUAUAACAGACACAUCAACAACUCCUUCUACUACAUUGGAACCAUCGACCAGUCUAGUUAUUAUAACAGAAACAUCAACAACUCCUUCUACUACAGCGGAACCAUCGACCAGUCUAGUUACUACAGCGUCAUCAUCAAUAACUCCUUCUACUACACUGGAACCAUCGACCAGUCUAGUUAUUAUAACAGACACAUUUACAACUCCUUCUACUACAUUGGAACCAUCGACCAGUCUAGUUAUUAUAACAGACACAUCAACAACUCCUUCUACUACACUGGAACCAUCGACCAGUCUAGUUACUACAGCAUCAUCAUCAAUAACUCCUUCUACUACAGCGGAACCAUCGACCAGUCUAGUUAUUAUAACAGACACAUUUACAACUCCUUCUACUACAUUGGAACCAUCGACCAGUCUAGUUAUUAUAACAGACACAUCAACAACUCCUUCUACUACAUUGGAACCAUCGACCAGUCUAGUUAUUAUAACAGAAACAUCAACAACUCCUUCUACUACAGCGGAACCAUCGACCAUCUAGUUAUUAUAACAGACACAUUUACAACUCCUUCUACUACAUUGGAACCAUCGACCAGUCUAGUUAUUAUAACAGACACAUCAACAACUCCUUCUACUACAUUGGAACCAUCGACCAGUCUAGUUAUUAUAACAGAAACAUCAACAACUCCUUCUACUACAGCGGAACCAUCGACCAGUCUAGUUACUACAGCGUCAUCAUCAAUAACUCCUUCUACUACACUGGAACCAUCGACCAGUCUAGUUAUUAUAACAGACACAUUUACAACUCCUUCUACUACAUUGGAACCAUCGACCAGUCUAGUUAUUAUAACAGACACAUCAACAACUCCUUCUACUACAUUGGAACCAUCGACCAGUCUAGUUAUUAUAACAGAAACAUCAACAACUCCUUCUACUACAGCGGAACCAUCGACCAGUCUAGUUACUACAGCGUCAUCAUCAAUAACUCCUUCUACUACACUGGAACCAUCGACCAGUCUAGUUAUUAUAACAGACACAUUUACAACUCCUUCUACUACAUUGGAACCAUCGACCAGUCUAGUUAUUAUAACAGACACAUCAACAACUCCUUCUACUACAUUGGAACCAUCGACCAGUCUAGUUAUUAUAACAGAAACAUCAACAACUCCUUCUACUACAGCGGAACCAUCGACCAGUCUAGUUACUACAGCGUCAUCAUCAAUAACUCCUUCUACUACACUGGAACCAUCGACCAGUCUAGUUAUUAUAACAGACACAUUUACAACUCCUUCUACUACAGCGGAACCAUCGACCAGUCUAGUUACUACAGCGUCAUCAUCAAUAACUCCUUCUACUACACUGGAACCAUCGACCAGUCUAGUUACUACAGCGUCAUCAUCAAUAACUCCUUCUACUACACUGGAACCAUCGACCAGUCUAGUUAUUAUAACAGACACAUUUACAACUCCUUCUACUACAUUGGAACCAUCGACCAGUCUAGUUAUUAUAACAGACACAUCAACAACUCCUUCUACUACACUGGAACCAUCGACCAGUCUAGUUACUACAGCAUCAUCAUCAAUAACUCCUUCUACUACAGCGGAACCAUCGACCAGUCUAGUUAUUAUAACAGACACAUUUACAACUCCUUCUACUACAUUGGAACCAUCGACCAGUCUAGUUAUUAUAACAGACACAUCAACAACUCCUUCUACUACAUUGGAACCAUCGACCAGUCUAGUUAUUAUAACAGAAACAUCAACAACUCCUUCUACUACAGCGGAACCAUCGACCAGUCUAGUUAUUAUAACAGACACAUCAAUAACUCCUUCUACUACAGCGGAACCAUCGACCAGUCUAGUUACUAUAACAGAAACAUCAACAACUCCUUCUACUACACUGGAACCAUCGACCAGUCUAGUUACUACAGCAUCAUUAUCAAUAACUCCUUCUACUGCAGAGGAACCAUCGACCAUUCUAGAUACUAUAACAGAAACAUCAACAACUCAGGCUACUACAGCGUCAACGGAUCCAUCAACAACUCAGGCUACUACAACGGAAGUAACAACAACUCAGGCUUCUUCAACGUCACCAUCAACAUCAACUUCUUCUACCAGUACGAAAGAUGUCGUGUGCACACUCCCGGAGACUUUCCCGUCAUUAUUAUCGUCUUCGUCCGCAGACUGUAUUGCUGGGAGUUCCAUCGACUAUGCUACCACCUGUUACUUAGAAUGUUCGAUGGGGUAUAUGUUGAUUGGCAAUCAUACUAUAACGUGUCAGAGUAAAGGAGCUCUAUCACACCCUCUGCCUUAUUGCGAUGCUGUUGAUACGUACAUUGUAGUCGCAACAUUUCUUAAUAAGACUUUCGUCAGUAGCCUGACAGAUAGAACAUCUCCCUAUUUCAUUCAAAUCGUAGCAGAAUUGGUGAAUUAUAUACAAGUGCCUUUGAGUAAUCGCUUUACUGAGACAGUAUCGGUGACAGUCAACACACUCACUGCAGGGAGCAUCCUUGCUGAGUUCUCUGUAGUCAUAGAUGUAGUCGACAGAAGUACACUUCAAGAUAUGGAACACUUAUCGACAAUCCAUGCUACAUUGAUUGAUAUUGCUGAGGCAGACCCGACAUAUAUGAACCCAGACUCAAUUGGAACAUUUAGUACAGUGACCUGCCCAGCGGCAACCGUCGUGACAGCGUACGGAUCGAUAGCAAUGUUUGAGAGCGGCGCCAUCAACGGUAGAGCUAACUCAACCAACGCCACCUGUCCAUACUAUACAGAGAGAGGAGAUCAGCCUGUAGAAGGUGUAUGUGAAGGAGAUUAUACCAGUGCAUGUAACUGGGUAAUACCAGAGAUGAACUGCGGAAGGAACUUGACUGUUGAAGUGAUUCUUGAGAUCCUAAAAAACGUAGAAAUCACUUCAGAUAACGCAGCAGAAGUCGCUGAAGAGUUGGAAGACGUCACAAGCAGGGGCCAGAACAUCUCCCUAGAUGGUCUCAAUGUAGUUGCAAAACUUCUUGAGGAUAUUACUGGAAUAAAUUCUACAGAGACAAAGGUGACUGAAUCUAUAGUAGAAAUUGUAGAUAACAUCGCAGCCUUAUCUGACGAACAGCUUGGUAUGGCGGAGGAAGAGAAUAGCUCGCCAAGCCGUGUAGUCUUGGCUCUCGAAGCACAGCUAGCUGUCGUAGAAGUGGAAAAUGGCAGUAGCCGGUUUGUAGAAACAAAUGUUGCCGCUGAGGUACUUGAUGUGAGCCUGGAUGAUUUAAGCCAGGGUUAUACUGUCUUUAUGGCUGUCACCGAUGACGCUGAGAGCAUCUCUGACGAAGGCUUCAACGUUGAAAGAGGUGACCAAACGGAAGAGCCAAAAGCCACCCAAGCACAGGCUGCACUCUUCCUCCCACCGGGUUUAGCGGACACGUUCUCUGGACGCAGAGGGCGUCUCGUCAUCACGACGUAUCGCGUGCCAUCUCUGUUCCAGGACACGGGGAUUGCACAGCUCAACAAAGAUGAGGAGGAAUUCAAUCGAACAUUGAAUUCGAGGAUCAUAUCAGCGUCUCUUAAUAACGAGAAGGUGGAGGGUUUGAGCGAACCAGUCAGGAUAUCGUUUACUCCUGUGAAUCCAAAUGGGACCAAUGCUUCGUGUGUAUCCUGGGACUUUGACGAAAAUGCCUGGUCUCAACGUGGAUGCUUCAAGACGAGUAAUGAGAGUAGUAACAGGAUUGAAUGCGAGUGUAAUCAUCUGACUAACUUUGGAAUUCUCAUGGAUAUCUAUGGAGGAGAAAAAUUAUCAGUUGAAGCAGAUUUCAUCCUUGAGAUCAUUAGUUAUGUUGGUUGCCUGAUAUCAAUAUGGGGUCUUGUCCUGACAAUCUUGACAUAUGGCACAAACAAGAAGCUUCGAGACCGUAAACCCAACCAGAUUCUCCUAUCCCUCUGCUGUGCUUUACUAGGACUCUAUGUGGUCUUUCUAGUGAUGAUAUCAGUGAACACUAAACGAGAUGUAACUGAGGUCUCCCCUCUCCCUUGCGCAAUCCUGGCUGCAUUUCUCCAAUAUUUCACCCUGGCAUCUAUUUUUUGGAUGGCCGUUGAGGGCUUCAACAUGUAUAAUCUCUUCAUACUGGUUCUCAAUACCUAUUUGCCACAGUUUAUGAGGAAAGCUUCGUUGAUCGCUUGGGGUUGCCCUUUGUUAAUAGUCGGGAUUACUGCAGGUGCUUCGAGACAGUAUUACGCACAGACGGAUUUUUGCUUCCCUGCCUUCUGGCCUCUGGUUGGUGGUCUCCUGAUACCUAUUGGUGUCGUCAUGAUCUUCAACUUUGUCAUCUUUGUUCGGGUCAUCAUGCGACUGAACAAAACUAUGAAAGGAAGACACCUUGACUCGGCAGAUAAGCGCCAGCGGAUUCGACGUUUCCAGAACGCAGUUUGCAUCAUGAUUCUAAUGGGUCUCACGUGGUCUCUUGGUUAUCUCAGCAUCAUACAAUCGGCCAGUGCGGUUGUGCAAGGACUCUUCACCGUACUGAACUCUCUGCAGGGGUAUUUCAUCUUCAUGCUCUAUUGCGUCAGACAGCCUCAGGUGCGCAGAAUAUGGCGUUCCCAGUUCAAAUGCUGCUUACCUAAAUCUUUCACGACGCCCUCUGCGGGCAGUUCCGGUUCUGGACAACCCAGCUCCACGUUUAAGCUCAGCUCAGCAAUACGACCCUUGUCCAACUCGGACUCCAGCGGAUUCCGCCCAGAGACAGUGCGGCUAGCUCCGCCGGAGAGACUUCCUAGAGCUUUGUAUGAUAAUGCUGGUGCAGAUUGGUGAAGAUACCAUGUAGAACUGAUAGAUUUUGAAUUUUUUGUUUAUUUAUUAAUUUUAUUGAAAUAUAUUUAAUCAGGAUUACAAGAAUCAGAUAUAUAUUGUAUAUACAAAAUCUGUUUAACGUCCUGGGCCUGAACAGAACGAAAAUGUAAUACACGGAAAUAAAAAUAAUGAAUAUCACCAAAGCUCACUAGCAAAUGU